AUGGAACUGCCCCCCUUCUCGCUCGAGCAGAUCUCGAAGCUGGCUGCGAAUAAUUUUCCCCCAUCACAGCUCUUUGAGAUCUUGUCGCAGUACGAAACAGAUGCAUCUAUCAUGUCAGCUGGCUCAGGAAGUGCAGAAACAGGAGGUGGUGACCCUCAGUUGUUGAGCUUGUUCUACUCGAGCUUCUUCUUCGCCCAUCUUCUCACCAAGCAACUGCCGGAAGCUCGCGCCUUGACACAACGCAUGCCAGAAACGCUGCGACACCAAGAUCCUUCUCUACAGAAUUGCCUGACCCUUCUUCGAGCCCUUUGGCAGACUCAGCAUGCCCAGGUUUACCAGAUUCUCAGAGGGCUUCCAUGGCCAGAAAGCCUGCAGCCACUGGUUAGGAGAUACGAGAGCUUUUUCCAAGACGACACCUUGAUCGCGAUCAGCACAUGCUAUGAAGCGAUAAGACCUUCCACGGCAGCAAACUAUUUGGGCCUUGAUCCGCAAACUGCUGAACAAGGAGACUCGGCUGUAAUCGAAAAGUUCACAAGCUGUGGAUGGACCUGGGACCCAGCUGCUCAACUACUGCAUCCCUCUCCGAUUGUCGUGCAGACCACCGAUAAGCCCUCCUCGAAUGGUAUUCGCGAGACAAUGGCAAUGCUGGGCAACAGCGGAAAAUGA